AUGGAAACAACCCUCACAAAACGGGAGGUAGUUUCUGAAACUGCUAGUUUUGAAAAAUCAGAAAGAUACCUUGACGAAAAAGCAGAGAACGAAUUAUUUGAGGAUAGCCAUACAGGCCCUACAGAUAUAAGGGACAUCGAUUAUGAAAACAACGAUCUUGAUCUUAAAAUUGUUAACCAGAUUGCAAGCAUUGAAGAUGAUCCGACAAUCAAGGUCUUAACCAUUCGUUCUGUAGUAGUUGGCGUUUUACUUGGAUGUCUUGGUGCCUCAGUUUACCAGCUGAUGUUGUUCAAGCCAGUUCCUGUUAUCCUUUCUGAUAUGUUUAUGUUGAUACUCGCCUACCUCAUAUGUCAUGGCUCAACCCGUGUAUUUAAAUCCGGAACUCUUCUUAACCCUGGUCCUUUCAACAUUAAGGAACACACCUUUAUCUACUUCAUUAUUGCAACCGCAAACACAUCUGCAUAUGGCACUUACGUUCUCGGUGCCCAACAGCUUUACUAUACUGAAUCCCCCAGUGCAGCUGGUGGAAUUUUUCUGCUGUUUGCUACUCAGAUUGUCGGUUACGGUAUCGCCGGUCAGCUUCGUCCUUUCCUUGUCUAUCCCUCUCAGAUGAUCUGGCCUACCAGUCUUCCAACCGUUUCUUUUCUCAAGACGUUUAAUACACCCGGAAAUGAAAACAAAACUCUCAUCAGGUUCUUCUUUAUAAUCUUCUUUGGUAUCUUUGUCUGGGAGAUUGUUCCUCAGUACAUGUUCCCCCUCCUCGGUGGUGUUUCUAUUGUUUGUCUUGCCAAGCGUGAUAGUCGUAUAUUUGGCGGUGUACAAACCAACGAAGGCCUUGGUAUUGCCUCUCUUAGUUUUGACUGGUCUUAUCUGUCCUCUUUGUCUCCUUUUGUGCUCCCUCUGUUCAUUCAGUUUAAUAUCUAUGCCGGUAUUGUGGUUCUGUGGAUAUUGUUCCCUCUUGUUUAUUACUACGAUGUAUGGUAUGCUAAAAGCUUUCCCUUCUUGGCUAAUGGUCUGUACAAAUUGGAUCCUGAAACCCGUGUGGCCAUUCAGUACCCCCAGAGCCUUGUUAUUGAUGAGCACAACAAUAUUAAUCUCACUGCUCUGGCAGAGGUUGGCCGUCCGUACUUUGGUACUACAUAUGCUCUCCAGUAUAUUUUCAUAAACUUCGGAGUCACAGCCAUGAUAUCUCACGUUGCCCUAUUCAAUGGAGCUGAAAUUAAGCGGAUUGCCCUUUCCAUCUUUAAACACAGAAAAUUUAGAGAAGAUGAUAUUCACAACCGUCUCAUGGCCGCCUACAAGGAAGUUCCUGCUUGGUGGUACUACGCCAUCUUUGUUCUAGGUAUUGGACUCAACAUUGGCAUCGGUUAUGCCAACAAGAGUGCACUUCCAUGGUGGGGUUUUUUGUUUGCCAUUCUCUUGUCUACUGUCCUAUCUCUCCCCCUGAAUAUGAUUACUGCCAUUGCUGGCACUGGUUUUGGCCUCAACGUCGUCGCUGAGAUGAUAUGUGGUUUCAUACUUCCUGGUAACGCAGUUGCUAAUAUGUACUUCAAGACUCUCGGUUACAACACUAUGAACCAGGCUGGCGCCAUGGCAGCCGAUCUUAAGAUUGGUCACUAUCUCAAGGUUCCUCCAAGACUCACUUUCCUCGCUCAAAUGAUUGGUACAGUUGUUGGCUGUGUAUUCAAUUACAUUAUCAAUUACACCAUCAUCAAUUCCAAGAGGGACCAGCUUUUGGAUGUUAACGGAAACAUCUGGAGUGGCGCUAGGCCUCAAAGCAUGAACUCUGCUGCCAUUACUUGGGGUGCCAUUGGUCCCAUGGUCAUGUUUGGUCCUGAUACCGAUUAUUACUUUUUCUUGUGGGCCUUCGUUGUUGGAUUUGCUCUCCCUGUUCCUUUCUGGAUCCUCCACAAAUUUUAUCCCAAAGUCGGUUUUAACCUUGUUAACAUACCCCUGUUCUUGUAUGGCUUAUGUAUUCUCCCUGGUUCAAAUUCAUCGUGGAUUACCGUGUCAUUUAUCAUCACUCUUGUUAGUCAGCUUUUUAUCAAGCGUCGUUAUAGCAAGUGGUACGCUAAGCACAAUUACUUGAUGUCUGCUGCUUUGGAUUCUGGAACCUCUCUCAUGUCGUUUAUUCUGGCCAUGACCGUUUUCGGUGGCGGUGACGGUAUCAAUAGGCCUUUCCCUACCUGGGCUGGUAACAAUGAGGAUAUCCCUUACUAUGACUACUGUUGUGCUGACUGCGAGUAA